UAGUCCAGAUCAGGGACCUAUUUAAAUUAAAAAUCCAAGAUGUCUUCUACCAUAAGCCACAUUAUUUUCGAUGUUGAUGGGCUUCUACUAGAUACAGAAAAGCUGUAUACACAGAUUACACAAGGCAUUGUAUCUAAAUAUGGCAAGAAUUUUACAUGGGCAAUCAAAUGUCGUCAAAUGGGGAAGAAAGAAACUGAAGCAUCAAAGAUAAUCAUUGAUGAAUUAGAAUUACCUUUAACAGUUGAAGAAUAUCUAGCAUUGGCACACAAAGAGCAAGAAGUAUUAUUUCCAAAAGUUGAUUUCAUGCCAGGUGCAGAGAAAUUGGUGAGACAUUUACACAAACACAACAUUCCUAUUGCCAUAGCAACAGGAUCAAGUCAACAUUUGAUGGAGCUUAAAACCAGAAAUCACAAAGAUUUUUUCAGUUUGUUUUUACAUUCUGUGCUAAGCACAGAUGAUCCAGAGGUUAAACAUGGUAAACCAGCACCAGAUAUAUUCCUUAUAUGUGCUAAAAGAUUCAAAGAAAAUCCUAGUCCAGAAAAGGUUUUGGUGUUUGAAGAUGCACAAAAUGGUGUAGAUGCAGCUCAUGCAGCAGGGAUGAAGUGUGUAUGGGUACCACACGAAGAACAAGAUAGAGAUACACAUAAUCAUAAAUGUUCUUUAGUGUUAGACUCCCUAGAACAUUUUGUGCCAGAACAGUUUGGUCUACCACCGUUUAAUUUUUUAUGAUCAUAGGAUUUAAGGGUAAUUUUGUGCAAUUUAUAUAUGAAAAUAUAAUAUAAUUUAAUUUAAUUUAUUUUUAAUUCAACUGUAUAAAGCCAUGUGAGUCAUUGUCAUCACUUAGCGUUUAAAAUCCAUUCUACACUUUUUUUAAAAAUCAAUGGGUCAGUGAAACCAAAAAGUACAAAAAAAAAUAUCAAUAAGUUGUGUAAUCUCCAAAUUGUCUCUGGUGUUUCCACUGACCAACUGAAAGUAUUAAAAAAACUCACUCAUGUAAAUAAUGAAUUCAGACCAUUUGAACAUGUUAUAAGUAGAAAUUUUAGAUUAGUUGGUAUCCAAAAAAUAGCUCUCAACAAGUAACACAAUAUUUACUUAGAACUUUUUUGGUUAAUAGAUCUUUAAUUCUGGAAACAAAUAGGCCAAUUUUAAUUUGAUAAAAUCCUAAAAUUUGAAGGUGCUUUUAUAAUGGAAACAAAUGAUGAGUCAGUUGUGUCCAUUGUUGAUACAAUGAAAACAUGUGAAUGCAAGAUGAGCAAUAUAGGAUGUACAAGGCUGGUAUACACUUUUUAGAACAUCUAAGACAUUUACCAUAAUUAAUAACGGUGAAAAACCUUUCCUAUUUUAAUGCAUCCCCGCCCUACGGGAGAAUAUGAAAAAAUCCCAAGAACCGGUUAUAAUAAAUUAAAAGUCAAAUUUGAUAUAUAUGUGCACAAAAUUUAUUUCUAUAAAGCAAAAGUUAAGUUAAUAAAAUAUUUAUUAAAGGUCUUUGACAAAUACAAGAAUUAUGGUCAUCUUUAAGUAGCAAAACUGUCGUUUGUAGUGCUAUAGGAAUGAAAUAUAUUGAGUGUAAAUGGUACAGCCAAAAAUAAAAAAAAAAUGUUUACAAAAACUUAAAACUCAAAGCAGUAAAAGAUAAAAUAACAAUAAUUGGUCUUUAGUUUUCACAGAAAACAGAUAUCUUGCAUCUUUGGCUCUUCUUAGAAAUCUUGUAUUAAAUGCAGAUGCUUUUGUUGUAGUUUUAAGGAUACCAUAUCAAGUAUUGGAGACCUUUUAACAAAAAAAUAUUAACAUAGACCUUUUUCUUUAGAUAUAAAAAAGAUGUGGUAUGAUUGCCAAUGAGACAACUCUCCACAAGACACCAAAUGACUCAGAAAUUAACAACUAUAGGUCACUGUACGGCCUUCAACAAUGAGCAAAGCCCAUACCGCAUAGUCAGCUAUAAAAGGCCCCAAAGUGACAAAUGUAAAACAAGUCAAACGAGAAAACUAACGGCCUAAUUUAUGUCCAAAAUAAUGAAAGAAAAACACACAGCAACAAACCACAACCACUGAAAUACAGGCUCCUGACUUGGGACAGGCACAUACAGAAUGUGGCGGGGUUAAACAUGUUAGCAGGCGCCCAACCCUCCCACUAACCUUGGACAGUGGUGUAACAGUACAACAUAAGAACUAUAAAAAUCAGUUGAAAAAGGCUAAACUCAUCAGUUGGAUACAAAGAGAAAUACAUCGAACAAAAACACAGAGUCGACGUGGACGGGUACUUGUACAUCCUAACAACAAAAAGACACUAAGUACAGAUCAUAGAGUACUCGCAGUUACUGACAGCUAGUUCAAAGCCAAUAACAACUAAUAAAAAAAAUCAUGCAUCUAAGACUAAAUUAUCAAUCAAUACACAUCCAACAUCCAAUGGAUUUAGUAUAAAGACGUCAUAAACAGUCAGAGAAACACAUGACCUUGUGCAAUGCCAAGAUACAGGUAUCGACAGGUUGUAGAGCCAUGAAUGUGCAUAUGUAUUUAACAAUAACAUUUAGGUUGUGUUUUAUUUCUAAAACAACUAAUUGCUACUUAAUACAACAAAAAUUUUGUCAGAUAACAAACGUUUAGCAUUGUAAAUGACAAUCGAGCUGGAACAUAAUUCACCCCUUAAAAUAAUUUUGAAAUAAUCCAAUAAUCAGACGAUAGAGUAGUGGACCAACAUUAAUGAUUCAAAGUUAAAUAAUUAAUUAGUAAUUGCUACAGUGUUUUCAGCAUUUCACAUUACUUUUUUUGUCAUCCCCAUAUACAUAGUCCCAAUACAAACAAGGCUGUUCCAGAAAUGAAUAUAAUAUGGGAGAGGGGGGCUGGUGUCUGAAGGCAAUUUUUAUUUUACACUUCCAUGCUUGAAAUUUUCAUUGAUUAUUUCCUAUAAGUAUUUAAGCUAUCUUAAAUCAUCACCCCACCAAUUUUAAAAACGGGCCAUAAGACCCACUUCCAUACGAUCAAUUCUUGAACAGCUUUAUGUAUUAUUAUUUUUGACAAACUUUAUAUCCAUGCUCCUAGAUAUUGGAAAUUGUUGUUUGAAAUGAAAAUGUGAAAUGAACUGUGAUCAUAAUUUUAUAAUAAAGGAAUAUCAAUUAAA